CUCCCGUUCUGUCCUGAUGCGGUAGACGGUGUUUGCGGAAAUUGGCGGAAUGUGGAACCGGGCAGCGCCGUCCCCAUUGAUCUACUUUUCAGCAGGCGGGCGAAACGUUCGGGGACCGAGGAUGGAUCCCCGAUCCGCUCCGGUGCUGCUGCUGCUGCUGCUGCUGCUCGGCUUCCUCCGGGGGAUCGCUGCAGGAGCUGGAGGGGGCGAUGUGUUGGCUGCCAUUGGUUCAUCAGUUUUACUGGAUCCUGGACACGGAGCUAAUCUCAGCAACAGUCAGGUUGAAUGGACGUUCACCGGCAGCGAUGGAAAACUUGUCACUAUUCUGGAUUACGUUCCAAAUUUCCCAAUAGUAAAACCAAAUGAGGCCUUCAAAUCCCGUUUACAUUUUAAUGCAGCCAAUGGAUCAGUGACGUUGACCAAUCUGAAACCCAGUGACCAAGGGGUUUAUACCGUCACUGUGGGUAGUAACUGGAAGAGGAGUAUGGAUCUGAAACUCAUUGAACCAAUACCAGAACCUUUGAUCAAAGCUACCUGUGUGGAUUCCGCUGUUGAGCUGAUCUGUCUAGUGGCUGCAGGGAAAGCAAGUUCCAUUCUGUGGAAGAAAGGUCCUGAUGUGAUAAAGAAUAGCCAACAUUAUCAGUUGGUGCAGAACAACAGCAAGCUGAUCAUUGUUAAAGCCACCGAAACAGACUGUGGGAUCUACUCCUGCAUCGUGGAAAAUAUGUUAAGCAAGAACAGCAAUGCACAUUCUCUUAUUUUACACGAUGUUCCACUGCUACUCAACUGCGCAAAGAUAUUAUCCAUCGCUGCGCUGGUCACUGCUGUUGUUACCUUGAUUUGUAAAAUAAUUGAGUUCUUCAUUGAGCUCAAAACGAGAAGUAAGCAGAAGCAAGGUCUUCAGCUUCAUCAAAAUCUACUCCAAAUCUUGCAGUUCCUUCUUCUUAUCGGUGCAUUUGGUUGCUGGAUCUACACUGAAGGGCCUACCAAAAUCACAGUGAUCGUCUUGAUGUUUUUAUUGCUCCUGUUAGCAGGAGUCGUAUCUUCAACUUGGUGCAUGAUGUUCUAUAACACAAAAAAGUUCAGCAAGAUCUACAUUGCUAAACCUUACCGUCUGAUACAAAUGGUUUCUGUGACUCCAGCGAGUGGAAUCGUUGUGAUCUGUCUGUCGUGCUCGCUGAUUGUGGACACAGUGAGAGAAGCUGGUAACAGGUGUGAGCCAGCAGCCAAGCACCAAUCAAGUUUAAUUCGUGCCUCGGCAGUCCUGUUAUUUUUACUUCUGAUAUGCAUUGUAUUUUACAUCAGAGACGGGAAAUGGAGGAAUUGGAUUACAAGGAACCCAUCUGCAAGUAACACUGGAAGAGAACCUGAUGAACAUGGUAAACAGUUGAACGAGCCAUUCUUAAAACAUACUGACGAUGAGCUAACAUAAACGCAGAAAUGAUGAACUGGAUCUAAUCUGGAAAUGAUCUAAUCUGCUGCCAUUGAAGCAUUUCAGAGUCUUACAUUUCAGAGUCUGAAUACCUUGGGACCAGGAGCACCUGGCUUAAUGUUUUCCGCCCUUUAAUUUUGAAAGGGGGAGAGUUACAGUUUUGUUUGUACUUUUGAUGAGUUCAGAAACACACAGUUAUGGGUUGGAUAUGACAUUCUCAGGUUUAAACAACAUUUUGAAACAGGAAGUGGGAAUUAAGUGGUAAUAGUUAGUGGCAAUCUAUUCCUAAACAAGAAUUAUCUGACUAGGUGUGAGGGGCUGGCAUGUGGGUAGCUUGUAGGAAAAUGGCAAGUGAAUUGCUUAAAAUUAAUAUCACAUUUACUGCUUCCUUCCUGUGCACUUUUCACUUCCUGCCAUUUUUUCUGCCCAACACAUUGUUGUUCUUUUGCUUUUAAUGCUAGGAUUCCAGGGUUUGUCCCAUUUCAGUUACCUGUCCUUUUCAAUCAACUGUCCCCUUUCUCCCAUUGGUAGCAAUCCUGCUGGGUGUAUUGAGUGCCCACCUUCCAGUGCUGCUGUUCAGACAAUCUCAGUCCCUCCCACCUCCCAGACUCAGUGGGAGAAACUGCCCAACCUUUUAGCUUUUGCCUCGGGAAACACUAGUUCAAUCUCUUGUCAGGUCUUUAUCAUUGACGUGAUUUCGUGAUUCGAUUAUGUCAUCAGAUUAUACCCCUUUGUUUCUUGAAGAUAUGGUUUUAAUGAAGUGCUGAGAGGUUGGAAGUGUGCAAAUUAUACUGAGACAAGACAAAAUGGGUGGCAUGGUGGCUCAGUGGUCAGCACUGCUGCCUCACAGCGCCAGAGACCCGGGGUCAAUUCCCGC